AUGGAUGCACUCAAGUCCCUCAUCCAGCCUCUCGUAGGCGGUGCAGGCGGUUCGUCGGUCGUCGAUGGCAUGAAGCUCGUCGUUCUCGGAGGCACAGUCGAAACUGCACGGCGGGUGUCUAGUUCGGCUUGGUAUGUCCCAUUUCGUGAACUCGGCAACAGCAACGACAGAUGGCCUGAUCAUGAGAGCCGCCGAGGCUAUACCGCCACUUCGGCGCCUCUCUAUCAAGUUUCGCACACACAGACACAUACAUCAGUGCCACAUAUCGUGUCCUGCCUGUGCCUUCGUCGUCGCUGCUGUUGCUGCCACUUGCUCGCUCGCUAUCUAUCUAAACCCCGUCUUAAAACCCCACUAACGCCACCUCUCUUCCCAGCAUUUUUCCUAACAGCCCACUUCAGUGAAGAAGAUUAUCCAUAUGAUUGGCUCAUGCUCUGGCUCUCGCGCCGACCGGAAUGGCAACGGUCCCGCGAGUUUGAGACGACCACCCGUACCACGGGUCCUGGUGGGUCUAAUGCUGCGGACGAAGAGUGGGACCAGUGGGACAUUGACGAUGCGGCUGCGGGCGAAGACGGAGAAGGCAGACCAAAGACCCGUAUCGUAUUCCAGCCUACUGCCGACACGACACACACGAUUUAUUACCGUGGGCACUGGUUACGCGUGAAGAGGGGCAGGAAGCAGGAGACUGGGUGCGAAAUGCUGUCGAUUAGCGUUGUUGCUCGCUCAAACACGAUCCUUAAACAGCUCGUGUUGCAGGCGAAAAAAGAGUACGAGGCUGAGGCUGUACACCGGAUUCAGAUUUAUUUCGCGGACUCCCAUGGUUCUUGGAGGUGGACAGACUCCCGCCACAAACGUCCCAUGGCGAGCAUCGUCCUCAACCCAGGCGUUAAAGAGAUGCUCUUCGACGAUACCCGCGAUUUCCUCAAAAGCGAAAAGUGGUACGCAGACCGUGGAAUUCCAUUCCGCCGUGGCUACCUUCUACACGGUGUGCCAGGCUCGGGCAAGUCCUCACUCAUCCAUGCUCUGGCUGGGCAGCUCCAACUGGACAUCUACGUCGUUUCACUGUCGGCUUCGUGGAUAUCAGACUCGACUCUGACUACCCUGAUGGGCCGUGUUCCUGCGCGAUGCGUCGUCCUGUUGGAAGAUCUGGACGCUGCUUUCGUAAGGAGCGUGAGCCGUGACGACGACGAUCAAGAAGAGGAGAAGAAGGAGGGCCCUCAGCAGCAGAACCAGGAAGGGGGUAGUGGUGGUAGUGGGGGGAGUGGACGCAGGAGGAGGGGCCGUGGUGGUGAGCAGAUGAGCGAUGUGAACACCUUGAGCUUGAGCGGGCUUUUGAACGCGCUUGAUGGUGUUGCUGCUGCUGAAGGCAGGUUGCUCUUUGCUACGACCAACCACUUGGAGCGUCUCGACCCCGCCCUGUCUCGACCUGGCCGCAUGGACGUUUGGGUCGAGUUCAAGAAUGCAAGCAAGUGGCAAGCCGAGGCCCUCUUCCGCAACUUUUUCCCUUGCGCUGAAGAAGAGGAAGAAGCGGACGAACAGCAGCUGAAGAGCAUCAACGUGGACAUUGAAUUCGAGCCGUCAUCUCCUCCAUCGACUCCAAGGAAAUUUAUUCCCACGCCCUCAAAUUCAGGUUCUACACCAUCCUCGUUAUGGUCCCUUUCCUCAAGCUUAGCCUCAUCUGCGACCUCUCUCCUCUCUUCCCCGCCCAUGUCUCCUUCUCCUUUGGGCUCUGGGACGAACACGCCUCCUCCGCCACGGACACAAUCUGGUUCACCGCCAUCUGACUCGUCGUCAACGUUGGUAGCUGCAGCAGCCCCGGUAGAUAAGAACCAGUUUGGAGCUACGAAUACUGCUUAUUUGCCUCCGCCGCCUACUGCGAGCGUGCUGAACACGAAGCAUUCGGCUGCGCCGCUGGAUAAGCGGACGCUUGCUAUUCUGGCUCAGCGCUUUGCGGAUGGGGUUCCGGAGGAGGAGUUUAGCGUUGCUGCGCUACAGGGAUAUUUGUUGAAGUAUAAAGCCCAACCUGAUGCUGCUGCGAAUGGUGUAGAAGAUUGGGUUGUGAGCGAGCGUGAGAUGCGUGAGAGGCUGAAGCGCGAGAAGGAGGCUAGGGAAGUUCGUGAGAAGGCUCUUCGUGAGAGGAGGAAAAAGGAGGCUCAAACCAAGGCGGAGGAGAAGAAGACGCAGGAGAAGAAGGACGCUGAGCUUGAGAAGGUCAAGGCGCGUUUGGCUGAAAAGGAGAAGGAGGAAGAGUUGGAGAAGAUGAGGCAGCAGUUGCGGGAGAAAGAGCGGGAGGAAGUGGAGCGUAAGAAGAAGGAGGCGGAGGAGGAAGAGAAGAAGAAGGCUGAGAGCGUGGUGACUGAGACGAAGGUCGUGGCAGAGCCAGCAGAGGCGGAGGAAGUGCGUGUUGUUGAGAGUGACGUGGACAGCGAUGAGGAGAAUGUUGCUCCUCAGUCGGCUGUGUCCUCCUCUGCGUCGUCGUCGUGGGGUGAAGUGCCGUGACUAGAUGGCGGUAAACCCGAGAUGUUGUCAGAAGACCGUGAACAUUCUUACGUCCUCGUUACAAGUUCGAACCUUCCCGCUCCUUCCUCCGUCAAACCUGCCCUCUCCGUGUCAAUCCCUCCUCUGACUACUGAAUCCGACCGACAAGAAGCAUCCAAGGCCCUGGCUACGCGACACACUGCUGGCUUUGCGCUGGCAUCUGUGCCGUUCACGGCCCUUUACCAGGUGUACAUCUUCCAGCUGUACGCUCUGCUCAUGCAGAUUGCGCGGUUGGCGGGGUAUUUUACUUGAUGCCACUUUCUUUCUACCCCCAUCUUGCUUUUCCUUCUUUUUUUUUUUUUGUCGCUUUCUUUUUUCUUUUUCGGUUAUCUGUCUACCUGCAACUGUAUACGUACUCACCACCAUCCAAGCUAUCAUAUCUUCAUUUUCAACCCCUCAACGUACAACCCCCUCUUUUACGUUUGAUAAGAAACCACCACCGCCCAUUUGUGCAAGUUUGUUUAUUGACUUUCCUUGCACCACUUACUUACUCCCCAUAACGCCCUCUUUUUUUGCUUUCGAUUGCCGUUUGUCGUAUGUUGUUCUGGUGUACAUAUUGGUUUUUCGUCUCGAUUGCUCCGUCCUCUCGAAUCCUAGUAGAUUGAAAUACAGUUCGUUCAAGGC